UUCACACUAGUUUACAGUUUUUCCUAAACGAAGACUCUACCAUCUCUUUUUUCCGGUUACCGUUUAGGUUUCCGACCAAAUCUCUUCUUCUCCGGUGAAAAAUUCCGGUUAAAAGUUGUAUGGUGGGGUGUUUGUUUAAAUAUUAGGUUUGUGUUUCUGUUCGUUUUCAGAUUUUAAUUCUCUGUUUUUGAAUAAGAAAAUUUGCUGCUUCUGAAGUCGUUGUGGGGAUAUUCGGGUCGUGUAAGAGUGUGUUAGAAGGUGAUUAUCUUUUGAUUAACUUCUUUUUUUGCUUCUUUUGAGGGGGUAGCCGGGGCUCUGGCCUCGGCAGGUUCUAAAGCCCCCAGCUAUUACAACAUUCUUGAACAAAUAAAUCUCUGUAUAUUAGUUUUCUCGAUUCUUUGAUUCUUUUCCUUUCAUUUUACCUUCGAAAAGAAAAACAACAGAUUGUGUAAAAGAGAUGCCUGCUCUAGGUUGUUGUGUAGAAACUGCUGUUUCCCCUCCUCUAGGCUAUUCCUUCCUUUCGGAUAGCACUUUUCCCGCGCCGGAGAUUUUUUCCUCCGACGCCGUCCCUCAUACCACCACCCAUUGGUCACCGGAACUCUCAUCUGAUCUGUAUCGGGUCGAUGGAUGGGGUGCUCCGUAUUUCACCGUUAAUUCUUCUGGUGAUAUUUCUGUCAGGCCUCAUGGUACAGACACCCUUCCUCACCAGGAAAUUGACCUCCUUAAGGUUGUGAAGAAGGCCUCCGACCCGAUUAAUUCUGGUGGACUCGGGUUACAGCUUCCACUCGUUGUUCGGUUCCCUGAUGUUCUGAAGAAUCGAUUGGAGUCUCUUCAAUCGGUUUUUGAUUACGCUGUUCAAUCUGAAGGAUAUGGGGCUCAUUACCAAGGUGUUUAUCCUGUUAAAUGCAAUCAGGACAGGUUCGUUGUUGAAGAUAUUGUCAAAUUUGGGUCGGGUUACCGGUUUGGUCUUGAAGCUGGGUCAAAACCAGAGCUCCUCCUAGCCAUGAGCUCUCUAUGCAAGGGAAGCCCGGAGGGUCUUCUUGUAUGCAACGGAUUCAAGGAUGCAGAAUACAUUUCACUUGCUUUGGUUGCAAGAAAGCUCCAAUUGAACACGGUGAUUGUGCUUGAACAAGAGGAGGAGCUUGAUUUGGUGAUUGACAUCAGCCGCAAAAUGGCGGUCAGGCCUGUGAUCGGGCUCCGGGCUAAGCUUAGGACCAAACAUUCCGGUCAUUUUGGAUCCACUUCCGGAGAGAAAGGUAAAUUUGGGCUUACAACAACUCAGAUCCUUCGUGUGGUGAGGAAACUCGAAGAAUCCGGAAUGUUGGAUUGUCUUCAGUUGCUGCAUUUUCAUAUUGGAUCUCAGAUCCCUUCAACGGCCUUGCUUGCUGAUGGUGUUGGUGAGGCUGCCCAGGUUUAUUCUGAGUUAGUCCGCCUUGGAGCUGGCAUGAAAUUCAUUGAUAUUGGUGGUGGGCUUGGAAUUGACUAUGAUGGCACCAAAUCUAGCGAUUCUGAUGUUUCUGUCGGAUAUGGCCUUCAGGAAUACGCCUCUACAGUUGUUCAGGCUGUCCAGUUUGUUUGUGACCGGAAGAACGUGAAACAUCCGGUGAUCUGUAGCGAAAGUGGCAGAGCAAUUGUAUCUCAUCACUCUGUUCUGAUAUUUGAAGCUGUGUCUUCAACUACUACACGCACUCAAGAGUUGCACUCUGUGGGACUCCAGUCCUUCGUGGAGAAACUCAAUGAUGAUGCUCGUGCUGAUUACCGGAAUCUAUCUGCUGCUGCUAUUCGUGGAGAGUACGAUACCUGUAUGGUUUAUGCCGAUCAGUUGAAACAGAGAUGUGUGGAGCAGUUUAAAGAUGGUAAUUUGGACAUUGAACAGCUUGCUGCCGUGGAUGCCGUCUGCGACUUUGUGUCGAAGGCUAUUGGGGCUUCUGACUCUGUUCGCACAUAUCAUGUGAAUCUGUCCAUUUUCACUUCUAUUCCUGAUUUUUGGGCAAUCGACCAACUAUUCCCGAUUGUUCCUAUCCACAAGCUAGAUGAAGAGCCUUCAGCUCGGGGAAUUUUAUCCGACUUGACAUGUGACAGUGAUGGAAAGAUCGAUAAGUUCAUCGGAGGGGAGUCAAGCUUGCCUCUCCAUGAAUUGGGAAGAAAUGGCGGGCCUUAUUAUCUGGGAAUGUUUUUAGGAGGGGCAUAUGAGGAGGCGCUCGGGGGACUCCAUAACCUGUUUGGUGGACCUAGUGUCUUGCGUGUGUCACAGAGCGAUAGCCCUCACAGCUUCGCCGUAACAUGUGCAGUACCUGGGCCGUCCUGUGCUGACGUUCUCCGAGCAAUGCAGCACGAACCUGAACUCAUGUUCGAGACGCUCAAGCAGCGUGCAGAGGAAUUCGUGCACAAGGAAGAAGAAGAUAAGGAGGUGGCAUUUGCCUCUUUGGCGAGCAGCCUAAAUCAGUCGUUCCACAAUAUGCCUUAUCUUGCGCCUCAUUCAUCCUGCUGCAUUAGUGCUGCUUCAAACAACAAAAGUGGCUAUUAUUAUUGCAAUGAUGAGAACAUUGUUGGGGUUGGCGCAGAAUGUGCAAUAGGGGAGGAAGAGUUUUGGCCCUACUGUGUUGCUUGAAGUGUUUCGUAUCAUCAUUUACAGAUUCCACCGGUCUUUCCUUUUUUUGUUCUUCUAGUAAUAAAGUUUGUCAUUGAGGUGGUCUCUCUGUUUCAUUAGCCAUGGUUAUGUUAAAUUAAUGUCACUUUUUGGUAUAAUUUUCUAGUUAGGGAGAAAGCAAGGAAUUGUCUAAUCUUUUUUGUGUAAUCUUAUCCUUACUAAAUGAGGAAUUUACUUUAGAAUUUAUCUUCA